AUGUUGCACCGCUCUCUCCUCUGCUUUGCUGUGCCAGCGGACAAGAAGGCGUUCAUGGAACUUGUCAAGACCCUUCGGUACCGUACCGAGGCCCCCAUAUCGGACUGCAGCGCGGCUCUCAAGGAAACUGACGGGGACAUGGACGCGGCUAUGCAGGUGCUGCGCAAGCGCGGCGCGGCCCGGGCGAUGAAGAAAGGCGAUCGCGUGACGGAGCACGGCUUUGUCGUGAGCUGUGUGGGAUCAACCCCAGCAAGCGGAGCGGCCAUCGUAACAGUAUGUAGCGAGACGGACUUUGCGGCCCGCAAUGAGCACUUCCAGAAGGUGUGCGUGCAGGCACGUGACCAGCUGUGCAAACUCAUGGACGCCACGAACGGUGCUGUUCUCGCAAAUCCGGAGGAGGUUCUCAAGCAUCUGAGCGACGUUAUGGCAGAGGAGCUGCGCGUGGCCAUUGCAGUGCUCGGUGAAAACAUGCGAGUGCGCAGCAUCGUCCCACUCGUGCCUUCACCGCAUGUGUCCGAGCGUCUUCUCAUUGGGAGCUACACGCAUGGUUCCUUGAACGUUGACAACGUCGGCCGCAUCGUGGGGCUCGUGGCGGUGAGUCAAGGGCGGGAGAACGAGGUGGUUCCUAAGGAUGUGCUCACCUCUGUCGGUCGCCAUUUCGUGGCCACCUCCGGUGCCGAGGGCAACUACGCUCACCAGAACUUCUUUGGUAGUGAGACGGAGACGGUGGGCAAGUGGCUGAAGCAGCGCGGCCUCAAGUUCAGCAGCAGCCUCGUGCAGGAGUUUGGAAAGGAGCCGGUCGUGCACACGGCACCUGAGCCGCACAGGUAG